AUGGCGUGUAACAAAGAGAAUCGUAAAUUAUUCACCGCACCGGCAUCGGUAACUGCAGGCGCAACAACAAUUGCAUCCCAUUCGGGAACAUUGUUGGUUAAAAAAGGUACCACCGUUGCCGCACCGGUCGUAAACCAAGCGCUUAAAACAAAUGCUCCAAAAGUUGUCGGGAAGAUAGCGGAAGGACAAAAAACCGUGGGAGUGUUUAAAGCUCCGCAAUUACCACCACCUGUAAUACGAAUAGCAGCAGCUAACCACAGCAAACCGGCCGCUGAAAAACCAACCACUCCAAAGACUGAUGAAUCCCAACCGGAACCAAUGGAUACGACGCCGUCCGGUAGUGAUAAGCCGGAAGCUGGACAGCCGAGCGGCACCAAUGCCGACACUAACCAACCGGCACCGCAAAAACCGGCCAAAAAGGUGUGGACACUCAGCAACUUCGAUAUCGGUCGACCGUUGGGCCGUGGCAAGUUCGGAAAUGUGUAUCUAGCUCGUGAAAAGGAAACAAAGUUUGUCAUCGCACUGAAGGUGCUUUUUAAGAAGCAGGUACACGCCCAGGGCAUUGAGCAUCAGGUCCGAAGAGAAAUCGAAAUUCAGUCCCAUUUGCGUCAUCCGAACAUCUUGCGCAUGUACGGCUACUUUCACGACGAGUCUCGCAUUUAUCUCAUCUUGGAGUACGCACCGGGCGGUACGCUCUUCAAGGAGCAACAGCAACAGCCGGGAAAACGGUUCCCCGAGAAACGGUGCGCCAUCUACGUGUACUCGCUUGUAUCAGCGCUGAUCUAUCUGCACGAGCGCAAUGUGAUACACCGUGACAUUAAACCGGAAAAUCUGCUCCUCGGGCACGGUGGUGAGCUGAAGAUAGCUGAUUUCGGGUGGUCCGUGCAUGAACCAACAUCGUCCCGCACCACUCUGUGCGGUACGCUCGAUUAUCUGUCGCCGGAAAUGGUGCAAGGACAACCCCAUACGAAAACGGUAGAUCUGUGGAGUUUGGGCGUGCUGGCGUACGAACUGCUGUGCGGCAAGGCCCCAUUCUUGGCCAAUACUUAUGAGGAAACGUACCGUAAGAUUAUGAAAGUGCAGUACACCGUGCCGUCGGAUGUGACGAAAGCAGCCGCACACUUAAUUUCGCGAUUGCUCGUCAAAGAUCCUGCCAACCGUAUGCCGUUAGAAAAUGUAGCCACCCACCCAUGGAUCCAGCUGCACGUGGACAAAAAGUAA